GUUGUUAUUCAACAAUUGAUGCUCAAAUGAGUAUUAGAUCGUCGGGUGUCAGAUCGGCCCAUCACUUAGAGAGGGGUUCCUGGUCUUGACGGCGUGUGUAGCGAGAACAUAAUUAACAUGCUGGAGGCGCUUGUGGGUUGUGUUGGGGCCAGGGUUUGGGCCGUAUUAGCGAGUGCUCUCAAGGAAUCCCUCCAACUUCAGGGCGCUCGAGGGCUUGAUCUGGAACGAGCUACCAGCGGGGACACUUCCGAUGAGGAGUUACCGGUACCGGAGCUGCGGCUCAAUAUCUGCUUGGUAUCCGAAGUGUUCGUGCAGAUCCUUGCCACGGGGGUCGGCACCCUCGCCUUCAUCUGGGCCACCGUCGUCUUGCUCGGAGGCUUCUCGACUUCUCUACAUAAGGCUGAUUUCUGGGUAAUCACGGGUAUCGUCUUCGUCCAGGCUUCCAAGGUCGUGGGCGUAAACUCAAACACUGAAGCAAAAUUUUUUGCCCAAGUUCCGCCGGCCUUCCUAGAAUUGGGAGCCGAGCACUUCACGCGAUGGGGUCGACGAAGGCCGUUAACGGGCGAUGCGUCAGGCCAAAAUAUCGUGUACUACAUCAUGCUGGGAUUUGGAAGUGCAUGGGAUCUGAUAAGCUUUAUGGCCUUGUUAACAUUAGGCCUACUGCUCCUCCCGCUUGUCGCAGCAUCCAGCUGCAUCGGCCUCUCCAUCUUUCGCCUCGUGAUCAUUAUUACGCGGAACAAUUACCGCGGCAGCAAUUCCAAUUUGUUGCGUGCACUCAUCUUCUUCUAUGCUUUGGUGCUUGCCCAAGGGGGAUUGUUCCUGAUUUGGCUAGUCAUUCUGUCGGUCCGCUUGGUAGAGAGAAAUCGAGUGUGCUCACAGUAUCAGUUUGAAGGCAUGGACAAGAAACUGAUUGAUAAAUAUAUCAACAGAACCUCAAGUGCCUGCAUCAAAACAGGGGUGUUGAACACCAUCAACAGGAAACUGGUUACCUUUGCAGUAGAUUUGCUGCAAUCCAAGUAUAGUCAAGACCGCAUUUCUGGAGUCCUAGUGCUCCACACGUUGACAUACAAAGAUGCCCCUCAAGCUCAUAAAGCAAGAGCGCUUGCCCACAUUCAAUCCUCACCUGAUUGUAUUGCCACGAUGCUUGCUCUGCUCAGCUCAAAAAGUACCAUUGGUGAAGAGAGCAAAGUACACCUAGCACAGAUUGUCACACUGCUUGCUAGCGAUUUGAGGUUAAGUGACAUAGACAGAGCAACCGAGUCCAUAUCAUCCUUGUUGGACCCCUAUUUGGUGAAGAUAUCAACAACAGCUAACACUGUUAGCAAUGGUCAGCAGAUAACAAUUGACGUUGACCAACAGGAAAGAAACCAGUCUCCCAACACAUCCGAUGGAGAAAAGAGCAAACCUCUGAUAAUUCAUGGCCUGAUGAUCCUUGCCAAGCUUGCUGGAAAUCCGGACAACUGCUCAAAGAUAUAUGAAACCAAGAGUCUCUUCUCCAAGAUCACUGCGCCUGUUAGUAAUAAGAUGUAUAAAGUCUUCAGCCAUGAUGAUACCGCAAUUCAAAUAGCAAAACAUUCACUGCAAGUUCUGAGCAAGCUUGUCAAGGGGACAGAUGAAAUCAACAGAAAUAUACUCCAGGAGAUUCAUAGAAAUCAAUUUGAAGCGAAUAGCAUCCGCCCAAUCUUGCAAGAUGACCAAAGGUACAACGAGCUAAAGGUUCCAGCAAUAAAGAUACUUACAAAGCUAGCUUUGGCUAAUACCACCAGAGACACUGUUGGAGAUGAAGCCAUGGUUAAUUUCAUCAAUUUCUUGAUAGGAUUAUUCUUCAAUGAUCACAAUGAGAGUUAUCUCAGGAAAACUGCAGGGAAAGCACUGGCAUUGUUGGCAAUAGCUUGUACGUCGUAUUGUGCGACGAUCAUGAAUGGCAACACAGGGACAGCUCAUUCAGUUGUUCAGAAGCUCUCCGAUAUGCUUGCUGAUAGGAGCAACAAAUCAUAUCGAACUGCCAUAGCACAACUGUUGAGGCAAUUCUGUAUUGAUUGUCGUGCUGAUCAAAGGGAGCAUCUCACAUCAGCCAAGACAAUUCUGCACGAGGUGCUCAAAGUUAUAUGCGACAUUGAUCAAGAAAUGGACGCAAAUCAAUCGGAUUCUCUCGAGCACAACCGAAGCCGAGGUCUAGUUAUCCUGCAGUUUUGUUUGCCUUGCAUAGACCCAUCACAGUGUUUAGGAGACUAUGGGAACAACCAGCGACCAGCUAGAACAAUGCAGCAGUAUCUGUUCCCCUGCCUUGGCACUUCAUCGCCGGCAACCAGAGAACAUAACAGCAACACUACUUCCCAGAACCAGGCGCCAGGUUCACAAGAUGAAAGACGUGAAGGGCACAACCAAGGCUUAGUUCAAGGAAUAUUAUCAAGAGGAUUCCAAGUUCUCAUCUUUCCCAUAACUUGUUAUUACAGAAUAUUAUCAAGAGGAUUUCAAUUUCUCGUCAAUGUUCCCACGACUUUUCAUGCCGAUAGGCAAAACAGGAAUGUUCACAGUGACAACGUUCAAAAUCACCAGAUGGCUGAUACACCAAUUGAACCUGGCAGGAGGAAAUCACUGGUAGCCUUCCUAGGCCUUGCUGUGCAGAUGUGUGAAAGACUGAUCGAUGCAAGUGAUUUCGAUGCAGCAGUUUCAAAUAUUUCCCUUUCCGAACCUGAGGUCGUGGAGAAGCUCAAGGAGAUAAUAGAAAUAUGCAUUAAGGAUUCGGUUGGUCCUUCGUUGGGAAAAGGGACCUCAGUUGAUUAUCUAACGAUGAUUAAGUCAGUAACAAAGUUGUGCACAUGGGUUAUGCGGACCAAGCCAGGUUAUGUCACAUACUUCCUGGAGAAAAACAUUGGCCAUAAACUGAAAGAUGCAGAGGAGACCAUGAGAGGACUGGAACUGGCUGUGCUUCUGACUUCUAGGGCAGAUGAGAUGACCAAUUACAAGACCCUUUCAUCUAUCGUGGGAGAUGCUACAGCACUCAUCCCAUCUCAGCAUCCCAAUAUGCCAAUGUGAGUAAUGAGAAACCACUGAGCUGUGAGGAUUCAGAUAUGCUACCUCUGUUUUUAAAUAUGUAAUGUUUGUGGGUGGUGGUUUACUUGUUUGUGUGUGAACAUUUACCUGAUUGAUUGUAAUCCCCUACUUGUACCAUGCUUCUGCAAUACGCUAGAGUUGGAUUGUGUAUGCUCCCGUUUGGUCCUGUGAAAGAACAGUUCAUUGUUAUAACUUUAUUGCCAUCCAUCUCGCUGAUUUGAUUC